AUGGCACGCCAAAAUUUCAUUGGGUUAGUUGUAUCUCAAGGUAAAAUGCAGAAGACUGUAAAAGUUCGUGUGGAGACUAAAGUAUUUAAUAAAUUGGUCAAUAAGGAAUUGUUUCGUAGAAAGGAUUAUUUGGUCCAUGAUGAAGGUGAUAUUUCUCGUGAAGGUGAUUUAGUCCGUAUCGAAGCUACAAGACCAUUGUCUAAAAAGAAAUUUUUUGCUAUAGCUGAAAUCAUUAAGAAUAAAGGUCAACAAUUUGCAUUAUAUCAAUCACAGGCUGAAGUCAACGUUGCAAAGGAGGAAUACGCAAAAGCUCAAGAGUUUUUGAAGAGAAGAGCUGAGAUCGACAGUAAACAGGAUGUCGUUUUGAUUAACGACAUAAGAACAAUUCAAGAUGCAUUGUCUGAAGGAAAAAAUCCAGAAGAAUUAACAGAAAUAAAGAAUCGUUAUGGCAUAGAAUCUUUCACCCCACAAACAAUUAAAAAAUUAUUGACUUUAAAUGUUUCAGGGUUAGAAGCACAAGUAGAGAGUCAAAAGAAUAAAAUAUCGAAUAUUCAAAAUAAACUAGGUGAAUUAAUGAAAGAUGAUGCAAAAGCAAUUGAAUUUUUGAAAACACAUGGUGUCCAAGAACCAGAAUUGUUAAAGAAAAAUAUUAAAAAAAUAUACUGA